UACCUACGGGAGCCCACCGAUUGACCUUUCGUUCAUCUUCCCUCUUCCUGGUUCUGUUCGCGGCUUCCCGCACCCCCGAUCGCUCGCUCUCAUAUUCCUUUUCAAUCUUGACAAAAUUCCGUUUCCUAUAUUUUUCCGUUUAGCUUCACAACUUAGUUUCCAUCCUUUAACACCCUUAGCCCCCGACAAUUUUUCCCUCUUUCUCGCAAACUGUAUUUGCACGCCUUCAGUUGGACACUGUAACCCUAGCUUGCAAUGGCGUCCAAGAAGAAGCAAUCUGAAGGGAUUGCUUUGUUAUCCAUGUACAACGACGAGGAAGACGACGAAAUGGAGGACGUGGAGGAAAAUUUGGCUGCUCCUGGACAGGAGGGAGAGCGACAGGUUGAUGAUACAGAUGCUCGUGCUGUUGAGGAUGAUUUUGUGCCUGCAACUGAUAGAAUGGUCGUCUCUGAUUCUGCUGCACUCGAUACUCCGCCACUUACCGACGAUGGGAUGACACCGGAGAAGACUAACUUUCGGAGUUCAACGCCGCAACAGCCUUCUGCUAAUGCGCCGGUUUCGCCGCAGGAGCGGCGGGCGGUAACGUCCGAUGCCGGAAGGAGUAGGAGAGGGGCCCUUACGAUAGUGGACUAUGGUCACGAUGAAGUGGCAAUGUCACCUGAGCCCGAGGAAGGAGAGUUUGAUGGUAGUGGCCAAGUUACACUUGGGGACGACUGUCAAACAGCAAAUGAAUGUUUUCUCGUAGGUGAUUCACUUGGUAGAACAGCAAUUUUGACACCUGACAAUGAUGCUAGGAGCCCUCAGUUUUCUGAGCUAUUGAAAUCCGAUACCAUGAACCAUGAUGCUAUGGUUGGAUCAGAUAGUUCAGAACAUGGAGGAGCCAUGCAAGAAGAGCAAAAAUUUGUUGAUCCAUUGGAUAAAUUUCUGCCUCCACCCUUGAAAAUCAAGUGCUCUGAGGAGUUACAAAGGAAAAUAAAUAAAUUUCUUCAUUAUAAGAAGGCUGGAAAAAGUUUUAAUGCAGAAGUUCGCAACAGGAAGGACUAUCGGAACCCUGACUUCUUGCUGCAUGCAGUGAGGUAUCAGGGUAUUGAUCAAAUAGGAUCGUGCUUCAGUAAAGAUGUUUUUGACCCUCAUGGAUAUGACCCCAGUGACUUCUAUGAUGGAAUAGAGGCUCAUAUGAGGCGUGAAAGUGAGAGGAGAGAACAGGAGAAGAAAAAAGCACAAAAGGUUGAAUUUAUUUCUGGUGGAACGCAGGGUGUAACAGUAGCAGGCGUUCCCAGGAUCAACCUACCUGUUCCAGCUUCAUCUGCUGUGACUGCUAGUGCUUCGCAUUUGGUGCCUCCUACAGGUGAUGCUAUCAAUCGAGAUGGAAGACAGAAUAAAAAAUCAAAGUGGGAUAAGGUGGAUGGUGAUCAAAAAAAUCCUCUGCCCUCUGUGGGGCAGGAUUCUGUAUCUAGUGUCGGGGCUCAUACGGCAAUUUUUUCUGCUGCAAGUGCUGGUGGUGGAUACAUGCUAUAUGCGCAGCAAAAACGGCGAGAGGCAGAGGGGAAGAGAUCCAGUAGAAGGAAAUCGGAGAGCAGAUCUUAGCAUUCAUUUUUAAUUUUCAAGUGUGUAAUAACUGAUGACAUUUAUACAAAACAAGAAAAGAUCCUGAGCCAUUCGCCUGCUGAGAUAUUUUUGUUAGUUUAGUAGCUUAUUCAAUGAUCUUGUGUUAUAUAUUGUCAAAUUUAGAAAUAAAAUAUGAAUAUAGCAUUUUGAACCCUUCCGGACAA